ACAACAACAUCACAAUGCUGAAACUUAUUUUUCUGAUCAUCUUUACAAUAUGUGUCACCACAGCUGCAUUUACAUGUAAUCCAAAGACAAAUAAGAAAUUAGAGAAAGCCUUGAGAGAUUAUGUUGAUUACUUUAAUGCUGGAGACUGGAAUGCCACGGCAGAUCUCUAUGCAGAUUACGCAACCUUGGCAACAGCUGGUGAUUUUGUUCGUGGAAAGGAAGCAAUAAGGAAAUUCUACAUUCAUGAGUACGGUGGUGAGGGUUAUGUGAUGACAACUCACAACACAGAUUUUGACUGCUGUAGAAACAUUGUCGUAACAAGCCAAGAGUGUGGAUUAAAAAAUCAAACUGGCCACGUGAUUACAUCAGUGAGGCGUAGUGCCCAGUAUGCCUGGUACGCACAGACAUACCAGAUGGUUGAAAAUACACUCCAAAUUUAA